GUUCUCUCAGCCCGUUGUCUUCAAUCAAAUUAGCUCUCUGCUCUUUUUAAAUCGAAGAGAUGGCUACUGCUGCUGUUCAGAGACCGCAUGACGUCUCCACGACGCUGAACUACUUCACACCAACCGACAACGAGGCACCGUACAAUUACUCAUUGUAUGUUGACCCUCCUGAGGGCAAGCCGAGGAGUAACGUCGGUCAGGAGCCACACCCAGCUACCAUCCACGACGUGCGUGGAAAGGAGGACUCCGUCGGCCUUGAUAAGACGGGCUUCCAGUUUGCAAAGCACAAGAGUAGCGAAACGGAGUUCCGGGACGAGGAGAGAAUUAAGAAUGUAUAUUAUAAGGAAGUGGAGGAGCUGCUAAAGAAGGAAACGGGUGCAAAAAGGGUUUUCAUUUUCGAUCAUACAAUCCGUCGCGAUUACGAUAAAUUAGAGGGUACACAAAAGAUUGUUCGCGGACCAGCAACACGUGUACACGUCGACCAAACCUUCAAGGCCUCCAUCGCACGCGUGUAUCAUCAUCUCGGGGCCGAUGCCGAACGCCUCGCGAAGGGCAGAGUCCGCAUCAUUAACGUCUGGCGUCCAAUCGGCGCUCCGGUUGCGCACUACCCGCUUGCUGUAGCUGACUAUCGCACCGUUAACGUCGAUCAUGACCUCGUCCCUACCAAACUCAUCUACCCCGACCGCGUCGGCGAGACGUUCUCUGUCAAAUACAACCCAGAGUUGCAGUGGUAUUAUCUGAGUGGACAGACGCCGGAGGAGGUGACGUUGAUUAAAUGCUUCGAUUCGGACGAGGAUAAGGCGAGAUUGACUCCUCAUACCGCUUUUGUGGAUACGUCUGACCCUGCAGACGCGCCGAAGAGGCAGUCGAUUGAAGUUAGGACGUUGGUGUUUGACGAGGAGUGAAUGAUCGGGAAGAGCGGAUCAUGGCUUCUGUAUGGAUUUAUUAUAGCUCUCCUUGAUAUCAGUUCCUUGAAUCCUUCACAUCGGAUGAACUGUGUAUGUAAACUUUCUGAGUGCAGUUUAUCUAACAUUGUGUCUAUUUCCG